AGCUUUCGACAUUAUCUGUCUAAGACUUAACAAAAUAAUGACAAUAGUUUCAGGCUCAUAUUCGUACUCUCAAUUGAAAAAAUUGGUUUACGGACCCAAUGGUAUUGCUCAGUUGCCACAAUUAGUGGAUCUACUAGGUGGAAAACGUUCAAUGAUAAUUUGUGGGAAGAGUAUAAAUAACACCAACACACCUAGAAAAGUUAAAGAAUUGCUAGGGGAUAAUGUAAUUGAGCAUUUCAGUUCGAUAAGAGAACAUUCACCGAUCGAUGACGUCAAUAAAGCGUUAUCUAUCGUCGAAGAUAAAAACAUCGAUACAUUGAUUGCUAUCGGUGGUGGUAGUAGCAUUGAUGCAGCCAAAACUAUAGUUCACUUCUAUAAAUCCACUAGAAAUGACGAAAGUGGACUUGAGACUAUCGCAAUACCAACAACACUUUCUGCCGCAGAGUUUACAAUGUACGCAGGUUAUACGUCAAAAGAAGACAUGAAAGUUGGUGUAGCGUCCGAGUAUAUGACACCAAAGGGCGUAAUAUUGGACGCCGAAUUGACUUUAGAUACUCCGCAGAGAUUAUGGCUUAGUAGUGGUAUUCGCGCGUUAGAUCAUGCCGUUGAAACACUUUACAGACCAAAUGCCUCAUACCAUUUGCGUAAAAUGGCACUACUAGCACUCAAAGAUCUAUUUGAUUUAUUACCAAUAACCAAAGCUCACCCUGAGGAUGUAAAUACACGUCAAAAGUUACAGCUAGCGUCCUUUAUGUCUUUGUUCCCUGAUAGUAUGUCAGUCCAGGAUCUUCGUCCAUUUGGACCUUCGCAUACGAUAGGCAGAAAGGUUGGAUCGAGUUAUGGUAUUCCUCACGGUAUCACAAGUUGCAUAACGCUCUCUUUAAUAGUAAGAUUGUAUCAAGAACACAACAAAGAUGAGGAGAUUAAAAACAGACUCCAAGAAGCUACUGAAAUUACUAAACGAGAGGGUGAUUUAUCAUCACAAAUAGAUCAACUGAUUCGGGAGCUGGAGUUAAGCAGCACGCUUACGAAUUAUAAGGUACCUUUCGAUCAUGCUAGUCAAAUCGCUGAAAAUUCUCUUAAAGGAUUGGGUGAUGUUGGUUUCACGGAAGUGGACGUAUGUAAAACUAUUGAAAACAUGUAUUAAAUCUUUUAUUUCAAAUUAAAUCUGAUAUUACGACUAAGCUAUUCUCACAUAGACCAACUAAGAUACCUUGUGAUUUGAAAUAUGCAACUCCUAGUAGAGAACCUUUCUCAUAACCACAGAAUUGGAAUACUGACUGUGGCGCGGUAUCCGAUUGAUCUGAUUCCGUUUGGAAGUAAAUAAAUGCAUUACCUGCACCUUUAUGGUUUCCACCUUCAAAGACAAUUACUAAUUCAUUUGAUAAAUGAUGAGUGAAUUUCAAAUCUCUCUUUGAAGCAAUUACGAAAGGAAGAGCAGCAAAUGAAUCCAAAUUUUUGACACUCUUCGUAUCGAAAAGGGCACCUGUUAAUGUCGUUUCAUCUGAAAUAAUAAAUGUACUAUCUUGUUUCGGAUAAGAUGGUAAGGGUGUUGAUAAUAAUCUCUGACAAGUGAAAUGUUGCAAUUCAUCUACAUUGCUGAACUUCGUCAAUGUGAAUAAUCUACCUACAUCGCUAUCGACGUUAUCAUCCAUUUCGCCUUUAGCUAAUGAAGGUAUAUCAUCAGAAAGGCCACCUGGGCGAAUUUUGGGAGAUUGUGUGCCGUCACCUUCUUCUGUGUACUUUUCUAAACUACUGAGAGCACUUUGUAGAUGCUGUUCUGAUAGCCUUUCGUCGGUAAUUUCAAACGGUGGCUUAAAGUGCUCAUCAAAAAGACUUAUCCAUCUAGCCGUCUGAUUCUUCUUGCCCAAAUCAAUUUCAAGCUGUGACAAUUGUCGGUUGAGCGUCCAAUUACUAGAGUCUAUGUCGAUUUCGUCAUAAAGAGGUAAAGUAUCAUUACUGAGCGAAGGUAUUUUUAUUUCUUUAGUUUUUAUAAUUGGUGCGUAACUUUCUUUGUUUCCAAUCUCUGUUAAAUGUACUAUGAUUGAUACUGCAUCUUGAUCUUGAGACCAAGUACAUUGAUUUUGGGUAGGUUUUGAUUUUUCAGUAGUGACGCUCUGGGCAGGCUCUUCUUCAGCUAUAAGAUCACCACCAUCAUUAUCAACCUUUGUAAAUGCAGAUGAUGAUGCUAGACACCACUCAUUGGCAACAUACUCUACUAAUGAAGGGAAAUCGUCAGAACGUAAUCUCCACAUAAUACCAUGAUUGAGUGAUUCCGCGGCUCUAUCUAAAUUGAUGGCUAUUAAAUCAAACUUCGUCGUUUCUCCAACUAGACUCGUUGAGAUUACGAUCGUGUUUAGUGAUUGUAUGUAUUUGUGAAUGUAAAAAGGCAGUAAAGUACCAUCGUUUGUUAGCUCUUUCACAUCAUCAUUAAUGAAUAAUCUCCCACUGCCAUCAGAAAAUGCCCAUUUGGUCUCAGACAUCGAGACAGCAGAUGGCAAAUCAAAUGACGUAAGGUUUAGUAUGCUUGGAAUUUUGAAUAUUUGGUUGAAAUGCGGUUUCUAUGAGCAUCUAUGAGCUAUACAGACUUUCCAUUUUGCAUGUAAACCCACCUGAUUAUCAAAAUCUAUCGUAAUCGCUAACAAGCUGUCAUCAUUUCUUGUGAAAUAUAAUAACUGACUAUCUUUAUA